CACGUAACACUGACACAGGGAUGUCCUUCCUGGUGAGGAAGCUAGCUCUUCAGAUCAAGCCGACGAUACAGGUGGAGGUGAAGGACGAUGAGUGGACCAUCACCAGCUUAAUGACCUUCAAGACGCUGGUGUGGAACUUCAAGCUUGGCGAGGAAACAGUCGUCGACACCACCGAGGGCACAACCAAGGUGAUUUUCACACUGGAAGAAGACAAGCUGAUCCAGACUCCAGUCACCAAGAAUGACAAGGCUAUGAUGUCUGUACGACACUUUACUGAUGAAGGCAUGGUGCAGACACUGACUCACAAGGCGUCGGGCACCACCGCUAUCAGGCACUUCAGAAGAAGCUGAAGAGGAUGGCACUUACCCUCCUCCUGACCAUCUAACAACAAGGUCAUCAAGGUCACAUAUCCACAGCAAAAGCUGUGUUCAGUGUAUGACAUUAUUUUGCGAAGCAAAAUUUACAUAUUCUUACACUGUUUUGAAUAAAGAAAAUGUGUCAUCUUUA